AUGGCGCCGCGGCUGCCCGCGGCCGCCAUCGCCGCGCUGCGCGUCUCGGCGCGGCGGCCGCCGCCGGCGCUGCCGGCGGCCAUCUUCGCGCCGCGCCGUGGCGACGGCGACGCCUCGCCGUCGGGCGGCGCCGCGUCCACGCCGGGCAGCGGCGGCGCCGAGGGCGGCGCGAGCGGCAGGGCGGGGGCCCGCGACGGCGCCUCCAGCGUGGUCCGCCCGGAGCCGGGGCGCGUGUGGUUCAACUCGCCGAUGAACUCGGCGGUGGACAUCACGCCCUACUCGAAGGUGUACGGCCAGCACCCGCGCUCCUUCCACUUCGACGGGGACGGGGCGAUGGAGGACGCGGCCGCGCCCAGCGGCAGCCCGAAAGAAACCAGUGUCGGCGACGAGCCCAUGGCGCAGGCGGACGCCAAGAAUGAUGCCAAGCGUGACGCCUGGAAGGGCGCUAAACGCGCUCUCGGCCUCUUUCGUAGGUGA